CUAGUGCACUCUAACAAAAUGCAGGUUUAUUUUUUCUCUACAAGGCGUUGUUGUUUAGAACGAAUAUUUUAUCUUUGUCUCAUUAGAUUGCAUGUAUAGGAGGAUUAUGUGUGUGUACAUGGGAUUACGCGCUAGGGCAGUGAAAAUUACUUUAGGCUCUGCCUUCUGCCGUGAGUUUUUACAUUGUAAACCCGUGCUUUCACGUCACAACAAUAUUCUACAUCAAUCGUUCUGUUGGAAUUCAGCGUGCGGCCGCGGUUUCACAACUGCGCAUCUCUGCUGUUCACUCAGGUAGGAUUGGAUUUGAACACAAACGCAUACCUCACCAAGAAUGGCUAUCGCAAUCGUCAAGAUCGGAAUUUCAUUGAAAAUGCUACCAAAUAACAGUGCCGUGUUUUUCAAAUCGGACGGUGGGAGAUUUGGCCAAACCAGGACGAUUAAAUUGCUAACGGGGUCAAAGUACAAGAUUGAAGUGGUUGUCAAACCUGGGGCUGCAGAGGCAACCACUAUGAGUGUAGGCGGAGUCAUCUUCCCCUUGGAGCAGAAGUCUAGAGACCCCCAGUCUGUAGUCUACACUGGCGUCUACAACACAGAGGGCAUGACUCACACCAAGAGUGGAGACAGACAAGCUGUACAGAUCAGUUUGCAGUUCCCAGAGGUGGGCUCUUUUGAAGUGGUGUGGCAGGUGAAGUACUACAACUACAACAAGAGGGACCACUGCCAGGGGGGCAACAGUUUCAACAGCAUCGAGUACGAGUGCAAGCCCAACGAGACACGCAGCCUUAUGUGGGUCAACAAGGAGCUGUUCGUCUGAUGGACCAACCAACACAGACAGCAUCAGGGUUGUGUUCAUUAGGGCACCAAACGGAAGUUAACGUAGUGAAACUGGGCGGUACUACCUGAAAUUACAAAAGCUGAAGAACAUACGCACUUCCAGGUGCUUUCCGCAGGUGCUGGAGUUGUAGGCAAACUCAAGGAAAACAGAAAGAAAAACGCCUCACCUGAAAUUAGCCAAUAAAAAUGCCUGUUUUAGUUUUCCGUUGCAAAAAUGUUUUGCUACGGUGUGCCCUAAUGAACACGACCCUGAUGUCACUGAAAUGAGAGAUGGAUGACAAUCCGCUGCUGUGUGUUUCAGCUGUAGCCAGCGUGCAACCCCUCAAAGUGGAUCAUUUGCUGACUACUAGUGAAACGGUUAACCCAAACAUAUUUUCCUCAGUCUGUUGUGGCAUAAUGUUUACCCUCAGGUCUAUUCUGUUCCAUGGAGUGCUUGUGUGUGUGUGUGUUAUCUAUUUAUAUCUAUGAAGGCAGUGUGUUAAUAUGGGUGUGUAGAUGUGGUGUGUGUGUGUGUGUUAUUUAUGCGUAUCCAUGAAGGCAGUAUGUUAAUAUGUACACUGUAUGUGCAGAUGUUGCGUGUGUUAAAGUACUGUAAUGAACAGUCAGUGGUUUUAAUUUAAAAAAAAAUAGUUGUAGCUUUUUUUGUUCAAUUAAAAUGUUGUCCCAUUUGUCGUUUUCCCAUGUGUCGACAGAGUACAAGUAGCAUAGGACAUCUGUAGAAGUGAGUGUUUACAUUUAUUAGAUUUGACAAAAUAUUUUGACUAAUUCAUGAAAUUAUCUUAUUUUUGAAUUGGGCUGAUUUUGACUAAUCAAAAAUCGAUCCUCAGAAUAUCAUAUAUCUGUAACAAGCUGUUAGCCAGCACUUAUCUUAUUUCUCUCUUUUAUUUUUGUCAAAUUAAAAGUGUUAUUAUAUUAGUUGGGAAAACACUAUCAAUACUGAAAACCAAUAUAAACGCAACAUGUAAAGUGUGAGAUCCAUAGAUUAGGGCCAGAUUAGGGCCAGAUUAGGGCCAGAUUAGGGCCAGAUUAGGGCCAGAUUAGGGCCAGAUUAGGGCCAGAUUAGGGCCAGAUUAGGGCCAGAUUAGGGCCAAACUGCAACUCAGUAAAAUCUUUGAAAUUGUUGCAUGUUGAAUUUAUUUUGUUGUUCAGUAUAUAUAUAUUUUUAAACAAUAUAACUUACUAUGAGAUAUGUAGUGAAAAUGCAACAAAAUGUUGUUUAAUUAUCAGAGCACCGUGCAAUGUUACAACAUCUUUAAUAUAUUGUGGAUAUGUUUUUAAUCUAAAUCAUAGUAGCUGUAACAUUUUGUGGAGGUAUUUGAUUAGUAAAUAUAUUUGGGAAGA